CCUAAUCCUAACCUUCGAAACCAAUCUUCUUUUUUCCGCCUUCUUCGAACUCUCUUCGUUUUUUUUUUUUCCCGUUUUUCUAAAGAAACCUAAAGACCUCAAGAUCAAUCUUUUGUUAAAGAUCGACAACAAAGAUCGAACUAUCCUUAUCAUCUCAGAUCCCGGCGAAGAUCGGCGAACUAAUAACCAGAUCUGAGGCACAGAAAGCUUUGAUCUGACAUCAACUCAUCUCAGAAUCUUCUUCAUCGUCGAGUCGAUCAUCAUCAUCAUGGUUGUGAACGGCAGGCCUUUGAAGCGGAUGAAGAGAAGAGUUACGGCAGAUCUAUACGACUUCCUGACCUUCCCUGCCUGCUCUGGAGACGAGAUCUCCGGUGGUGAUCAUCCCGACGGGCCGUUCAGGUUGAACGUACGGUCGUUUCUCUCGAAGCACGCACAACUACCACCACCUUCUUCUCUGUUCCCGCACCUCCUCACAUGGCAGAUCGUGUUCCGGAUCGGUGAUUUGGUAGGCGGACCUGACUCGUCCCCUGCGGUCGUCGCUCUCGACGUCGUCGAAGAGGACGUCACCAGAUCUAGGUCCGUCUACUGCGAUCAAUGCCGUGUUGUUGGAUGGAGUGGUCAUCCUGUAUGUGGGAAACGUUACCACUUCAUAAUACGAGCAGACAAUAAUUCCAUCGACGGAUAUUACAAGCCCUGUACCAGCUGUGGGGACUUGGUUCAUUUGUCAGAUCCGAGGUGCAAGUCGUGCAACUAUGUGAUGACUGCAGAUGAUCUGGAAGACUGGGUCUAUCUUCAGUUGGAGGACACCAGUCAUCUAUUGCAUGGUGUUGUUCAUUCCAAUGGUUAUGGCCACCUUCUCAGAGUAAAUGGUAGAGAAGGUGGCUCCAGAUUUCUCUCAGGAUGUGACAUCAUGAAUUUCUGGGAUCGGCUGUGUCGUACACUUGGCGUAAGGAAGGUGAGUGUGAUGGAUGUGUCAAAGAAAUAUGGGUUGGAGUACCGCCUUCUUCAUGCCAUAACAAAUGGCCGUCCAUGGUAUGGUGAUUGGGGCUUUGAGUUUGGAGCUGGAAGCUUUGCUCUAACUGUGGAUGCCUACCGGAAAGCAGUUGAUACUUUAUCUAAUUUGCCCCUCAACCUCUUUCUCUCCCAAGCAAGGAAACCUCGCACACGGCUUCAGGAUCUAAUUUCAUUCUACCAAGCCAUUUCAGAAAGUGAGCUUGUAACAAUUCGAGAUCUCUUCCGUUUUUUGACGAAGUUGAUUCAUGAUGCCCACAAGCAGAGAGUGUAUGGCACAACCUGUAAGAAGAAUGGAUCUUCUAGUUCAACGGUGUUAUGUGUAUGGACAGUUGCUGAUAUUGAGCGUGUUGAACAAGCCAUGAUUAAGGUGCUCAGAGCAGUUGGAGCAGGUGGUAAUUCUCGCUGGGUGACAUGGAAUACUCUCAGGGGUGCUGUGAGUAAAGUAGGCCCACCUGAACUCCUUGAUUACUGUCUCAAGAAUCUUGGUGGGAAAUUGUCACGAGAUAACAUGGCUGUAUGUUCCCGGUGCAACCCUGAUACAGAUGCUAUCGAAUAUAGGCUAGAACCAGGAAAUGUCUUAACAAGUAUUCCUGGGGAUUCAAACUCUUUGAGCUUAAACCGCCCAUCUGAAGAGCAUCUUCACCGUGACCUGAAAUUUUUAUUUGAUUCCAUUCUCCACCCACAGACCAUGGCCAUCUAUGGACCUCAAAUAGUAAGUGACCUUGCACUCAGUUCAGCAGCAAAACUACUCGACUGUAAGCAGUUUGUCAAGGACUAUUCCAAGUGCAAUAAGACUGCUAUUGUGAAUCCAUUUGUAAUUCGCCUAUCAUGCAUAGUGGACCUACUAGAUCAGCCUAAAGAUUACACAGCGCCACCCCCUGAACUAAUUGUAUUAUCUCUUAAUGCAACUGUUGCUGAUCUAAAGGUUGAAACCAUGAAAGUCUUCCAAGAAGUUUAUGUCUUGUUCAGGAGAUUCCAAGCAGAACAGUUGCUCGACUAUGGUGGUGUUGAUGAUUCGACCCGAGUCAAGUUCUUAGUUGGAAUAAAUGGAUCUGUUAGGAUCCGAGGGAGAUGCUUGGCUAAUCAUGGGCUCCAUCGUUUUCGCGUGGAGAGGGGUGUCGAGAACUGGACUGUUGAGUGCACGUGUGGUGCUAAGGAUGAUGAUGGUGAAAGGAUGUUGGCCUGUGAUACAUGUGGUGUAUGGCAGCACACGAGAUGUGCAGGCAUUGAUGACUCUGUUGCAGUACCCGCAAAGUUUGUAUGUGGAAGAUGCGAUGUUACCAAUUACACUAGUUCUCCCACCCAUUCCAAAGGUGGUGGUAGACAAUGCAAAGAUGAGACCGUCACAGUUGCAAACGUUGGAUUUGAUAAUAAGCUCUCUUCCAGUGUACGAUGAAUUGGAUCUUUUUAAUGUACAGUUUUUUGUUU